AAGAGUGCAUCGCGUGAAUCGACCCCCGAGUCGGGCACUACAUCCUCAUCGCCCACCGAACCUAAGACUGUCGUCAAGACUGCCAUCAAUGUUCCCAACAAAACGGUCCACAAAUCCACAGUUUUGACGCCCAAUGAUGGCUAUAAUGUGCACCGAAAUAGAGUAUCGAUUCCAUUGCAAGCGAUGGAUAGGAAUGGAGAUCCAAACCGACUGUCUGUGAACGUGAACGUCGCGGUCGGUCUUCAGUGCGAUGACGACAAAGUGAAGAACUCGAUGGCGAAGAAGGCGUACGAAAAGUUGUCCAAACAUUUGACGAUAAUUAGUGACGACUCGGGGUCUGACUUAUCAGAUAUGAUAAGACAUGACACCAGCGAUGAGAUGGACUACUUUGCGGCCCAAUUGCCGGAGAGUGGGUCCGCCAUUCAAGUGGCCGUACGUUUGCGUCCGUUCCUGAAAGCCGAGCAUUUGGAGGACUCUGUGAUAGAAAUGUCUGGAAAUACUGUUCGUGUAGUUAAUGCCGAAAACGAGAAC